AUGUACAAGAUGUCGAAACUAGCAAUAUACUCCCAGCUAGGCGAUUUUACAAAUUUAGAAGAGCCGCCGGAGCCCAAGGAAUUAUUCCAAGACCUUGGUAGCUUCCCUACUUUUGCCAAGAUACAUUUAUCAAGCACUCAAAGAUCAACAAACUAUAGUGAGGCCUUGUGUCAUUCCAGGCAGAGUUAUCCUGUCACACUGUCCAAAAUGACGUUGCAGGAGCAGAGGCACAAUAUGUCCACGGUUCCGUUACAAGAAAAGGAUCAGAUGAAAAUUUACGAUGCUUACAAGGUGAUAGACAUGGGCGAUCACGUUUCACCGGAAUCCCUGCGUUUGAAAUCAAGAACAGCAUUCGAAGGAUCCCAUGUAAAUAAGGCACGCUCAAAGACAGAGGGAUUUUUUAACGAGCCAACUGUACUCAAUUCAGACUUCCAAGCACUUUCCAUUGCACAAAAUUCAAACGUCUUCUUGUAUGAAGACUACAAAAAAUUCGUUUAUCGACAGCUAAAUAUGUUCACCUAG